AGCAGCUGGGCACAGAUGCCGAUCGAGAUUGUGUGCAAAAUCAAAUUUGCAGAGGAGGAUGCGAAACCCAAGGAGAAGGAGGCAGGGGAUGAGCAGAGCCUCCUGGGGGCCGCGCGGGGGGCCGCAGCCCCCCGGGACCUGGCCACCUUUGCCAGCACCAGCACUCUGCACGGGCUGGGCCGGGCCUGUGGCCCCGGCCCCCAUGGACUGCGCAGAACCCUGUGGGCACUGGCCCUACUCACCUCGCUGGCUGCCUUCCUGUACCAGGCGGCCGGCCUGGCCCGGGGCUACCUGACCCGGCCUCACCUGGUGGUAAUGGACCCGGCUGCCCCAGCCCCAGUGGCGGGCUUCCCAGCCGUCACCCUCUGCAACAUCAACCGUUUCCGGCAUUCGGCACUCAGCGACGCCGACAUCUUCCACCUGGCCAAUCUGACCGGGCUGCCCCCCAAAGACCGGGACGGGCACCGUGCCGCUGGCCUGCGCUACCCAGAGCCCGACAUGGUAGACAUCCUCAACCGCACUGGCCACCAGCUCGCCGACAUGCUCAAGAGCUGCAACUUCAGCGGGCACCACUGCUCCACCAGCAACUUCUCCGUGGUCUAUACUCGCUAUGGGAAGUGUUAUACCUUCAACGCGGAUCCACAGAGCUCACUGCCCAGCCGGGUGGGGGGCAUGGGCAGUGGCCUGGAGAUCAUGCUGGACAUCCAGCAGGAGGAGUACCUGCCCAUCUGGAGAGAGACAAACGAGACAUCGUUUGAGGCAGGCAUCCGAGUGCAAAUCCACAGCCAGGAGGAGCCACCCUACAUCCACCAGCUGGGCUUCGGCGUGUCCCCAGGCUUCCAGACCUUUGUGUCCUGCCAGGAACAGCGGCUGACCUAUCUGCCCCAGCCCUGGGGCAACUGCCGAGCGGAGAGUGGGCUCAGGGAGCCUGAGCUUCAAGGCUACUCGGCCUACAGUGUGUCUGCCUGCCGGCUGCGCUGUGAAAAGGAGGCCGUGCUUCAGCGCUGCCACUGCCGGAUGGUGCACAUGCCAGGCAAUGAGACCAUCUGCCCGCCAAAUAUCUACAUCGAGUGUGCUGACCACACACUGGAUUCCCUGGGUGGGGGCUCCGAAGGCCCGUGUUUCUGCCCUACCCCCUGCAACCUGACCCGCUACGGGAAAGAAAUCUCCAUGGUCAGGAUCCCCAACAGGGGCUCAGCCCGGUACCUGGCAAGAAAAUACAACCGUAAUGAGACCUACAUACGGGAGAACUUCCUGGUCCUAGAUGUCUUUUUUGAAGCCCUGACAUCCGAGGCCAUGGAGCAGCGAGCAGCCUACGGCCUGUCAGCCCUGCUGGGAGACCUCGGGGGACAGAUGGGCUUAUUCAUCGGAGCCAGUGUCCUCACGCUGCUGGAGAUCCUAGACUACAUCUAUGAGGUGUCCUGGGACCGACUGAGGCGGGCGUGGCGUCGUCCCAAGACCCCCCUCCGGACCGCCACUGGGGGCAUCUCCACUUUGGGGCUUCAGGAACUGAAGGAGCAGAGUCCCUGCCCAAGCCUGGGCCACGCUGGCGGAGGCACCGGCAGCCUGCUCCCAAACCACCACCCCCCAGGAGGCCUCUUUGAAGACUUCGCUUGCUAGGAUGGUGCUGUGUCCAAAAGGACCCAGGAGUCUGGGACUCCAGCCCAGAUCCCCACCGUAGCCUCCUGCUCUUAGGACCGAAGGCUUGGGGGAAGCCCAAAGCUGAGGGGAAGAGGGCGGUGCUCACUGGGAGGGUGGGGACUCUGUCCCUGCUCUCACCCACCCUAGUGCCAGCUGCUUUGCACAAGGGUCCCUCUUGUCCACACCCUCCACCCCCAGGUUGGUGCCCAGGGAGGGCUGGGGACCAGGCCAUGGGCCCCAGUGGAGGGGAGUGGAGGGGAGG